AUGGCUGAAACUUUUGCCUUCAAUGCUGACAUCCAGCAGUUGAUGUCCUUGAUCAUCAACACCUUCUAUAGCAACAAGGAGAUCUUCCUGCGCGAGCUAAUCUCCAAUGCUUCCGACGCCUUGGACAAGAUCCGGUAUGAGAGCAUCACCGACCCUGAGAAGAUUGAGGCCCAGCCGAAUUUCUUCAUCAAGAUCAUCCCGGACAAGACCAACUCAACCCUGACGAUCGAAGACUCAGGCAUCGGCAUGACCAAGACGAACGAGCUCAUCAACAAUCUGGGCACCAUCGCCAAGAGCGGCACAAAGGCCUUUAUGGAAGCAAUGGCCGCGGGCGGCGAUAUCUCCAUGAUCGGACAGUUCGGCGUCGGCUUCUACAGUGCCUACCUUGUUUCCGACAAGGUGCGCGUGAUCAGCAAGCACAAUGACGACGAGCAGUACAUCUGGGAGUCUGGUGCGGGUGGAUCCUUCACCGUGCAGAAGGACACAGAGCUCGUGCACGGCGAGAUCAAGCGCGGCACGAAGAUCAUUUGCUACCUCAAGGAGGACCAGUCUGAGUUCCUGGAGGAGCGACGCCUCAAGGACUUGGUGAAGAAGCACUCUGAGUUUAUUGGCUUCCCGAUCGAGCUCUAUGUCGAGAAGUCCAAGGAGAAGGAGGUCACUGAUUCCGAGGAGGAGGAAGAGGAGAAGAAGACCAAGAAGAAGCGCAACAACAUCAAGUUGUACGUGCGCCGAGUGUUCAUCAUGGACGACUGUGAUGAGCUCAUGCCGGAGUGGCUCAACUUUGUGAAGGGUGUGGUGGAUUCCGAGGACGAUUACAAGAAGUUCUACGAGCAGUUUGGCAAGUGCCUGAAGCUGGGCGUGCAUGAGGACUCGACGAACCGCACCAAGGUCGCGGAGCUCUUGCGAUUCCACACCUCCAAGUCGGGCGACGAGCAGAUCAGCCUGAAGGAGUACGUGGACCGCAUGAAGGAGGGCCAGAACGACAUCUACUACAUCACGGGUGAGAGCAUCCAGGCGGUGUCUUCGUCGCCCUUCCUGGAGACCCUGCGCAAGAAGGGCAUCGAGGUGAUCUACAUGACGGACCCCGUGGAUGAGUACUGCGUGCAGCAGCUGAAGGAGUUCGAUGGCAAGAAGCUGAAGAGCACCACCAAAGAAGGGCUGGACAUUGACGGCGAGGACGAGAAGAAGAAGUUGGAGGAGCUGAAGGCGGAGUUCGAGCCGCUGACGAAGCUGAUGAAGGAGGUGCUGGGCGACAAGGUUGAGAAGGUCAUGGUGAGCUCUCGCAUGGCUGACUCUCCUUGCGUGCUGACCACCUCCGAGUAUGGCUGGUCUGCUAACAUGGAGCGUAUCAUGAAGGCGCAAGCCCUUCGCGACAACUCCAUGACAUCUUACAUGGUCUCCAAGAAGACUAUGGAAGUGAACCCAAAGCACUCCAUCAUGUCUGAGCUGAAGAAGAAGGCAGCGGCCGACAAGUCUGACAAGACGGUGAAGGACCUGAUCUGGCUGUUGUUCGACACCUCGCUUCUCACCUCUGGCUUCAACCUGGAUGAGCCUACACAGUUUGCAGGCCGCAUCCAUCGCAUGAUCAAGCUCGGCCUCAGCAUCGAUGACGACGACGAGGGCCUGGGCGAUGAUGACGAUUUGCCUCCGCUGGAGGAGGUUGAGGGCGCGGCCGACGAGGCUUCCAAGAUGGAGGAGGUUGCGGAACAUGCCUAUGCGGUUAUGCGACUUUUCAAGGAUGGUCAGCAGAUCAGUAUGAUCACAUACGUUGAUGAUCGCUCCUUCCUGACGCAGAGCGGGCAUUAUGCCAUGACGUUGAUCGACAGAUGGAUCGCCCUGCGAUCCCACGGGAUGAGCUGCAGAAACGACUGGGAUGGCCACUUGGCCUCGCCGAGGUGCAGACAAGGCAAUGGCACCGACGGCAGUGUGAAAGCGCGCAGCGUAUCAGUAGAACCAGAAGAAAAUACAGGCAACAGCGACCGCCUGGCACGCUGCCUCACAUACGACUCUGCCAACAACUGGAGCAAAGCUGCCAGGCCGGCAGCCCCGCUGGAGCAAUCGCACGCUGAGUUUUGCAUUGCUGAUCUGGAUCAUUUUCAGAGCCCCAUCAUGCAUUGGCCUCCCCAGCGGAACAACACUGUUCCUACGCCCGCGCUGCUGUCAAAAUAG